AUUUUAGAAGAAAAAAUAUCCGUAACAGGCAUGGGCGUUGCCUGUUGCAUAAGAAACUGAAGUUCUUUAAAAGGAGGCUUGGCAAGCUUAGCCUGCCAGAGGGUCUCUUUUACAUUUACAGGCUGCAGCUGAGAACCAUCCUGCAACGACUUCUCGCCAGAAACUUGCAGAUCCAUGAUGAAAAAGAAGCUAAUCCUUGAUGUGGACACAGGGGUGGAUGAUGCUCAGGCCAUCAUGAUGGCCUUGGCAGCGCCCGAUGUGGAGAUACUGGGGAUCACCUGCUGCCACGGCAACACCCCCCUUGAGAAAGUCCUGAAGAACACCCUCCGGGUUCUAAAGGUGUGCAACAGGCUGGACAUCCCAGUGUACGCGGGAUGCUCGCAGCCCCUGCUGUCCAACAAACAACAUGCCAGUGAUUACCAUGGGAAGGACGGGCUGGGUGAUGUGCCAGAUCCAGAUGCUCCGGGGUUGGAACUGGUGCAGAAGGAAAAAGGUGUUCAGGCCUUAAUCCAAAUGAUCAAGCAGAACCAGGGAGAGGUGACUCUGGUGGCCACAGCACCUCUGACUAACCUUGCAGUCGCAGUGCAACUGGACCCUUCCCUUCCCAAGAAGCUAAAGGCUCUGUACAUCAUGGGAGGCAACAUUGAGUCCAGGGGUAACACCACAACAUGCGGGGAGUUUAACUUUGUUGCCGACACAGAGGCUGCCUACAUCGUGUUGGAACGCUACACCUGCCCCACCACCAUCGCCUCCUGGGAGUUCACCUGCAGUAACAGCUUGCCAUGGUCUUUUUGUGACCACUGGCUUUCUAUGAAGACUGAGAAAGCUGCCUUCCUGAAAAACAUUUCACGCCUCUCUAUGGCGAAAUCUCAGUCAGCGGAAUACCAGAAGGAAAUUACAGCAGGAAAAGGAUUCAACGCUUGUGACACCUACGCCUUGGCCGCCGCCAUUGAUGACUCGCUGAUCACAGAGAGUGAGAAGGUCACUGUGAGUGUGGAGCUGGUGGGGGACUUUACCCGAGGCAUGAUGGUGUUGGACUACAUGGACCUGUUGAAUAAGAAACACAAGGUAACCAUCAUGAAGAGAGUCGACUUGGAGAAGUUCAAGCAGAUGCUCAUCAAUUCACUCAAGUAGGAUUGUUCGAAACAGCCAAGAUGGGAACUUAUACGUCUGCUCAAAUAAAACACUUACAAAAUA